UCUCUCUCUCUCCCCCCCCCCCCUCCCUCCCCUCGUUUCAGUCAUGGAUCAACAAGGUCGUGAAUUGGUGUUCAUGCACUCGGGCGACUUUCUACGGCAAAACCCAGGUGUAUCGGAUCACUUAAAUGAUUAUAGUUCGGGUGAUCAUGCCAAGCCCACGAUGAAAGAAGUUGACUUCUUUUCUACUGAUAGGAAUGGUAAAUCACCAAGUGAGCAUCAAGAGAUGAAGAUUAAUAUUGGAUCAUCAAGUCUGGUUGAUUCUAGCCUAAACACUGGAUUGAAUCUGUCAACUUCAAGUUCUGGGAUUUCAAUAAUAGCGAAUGCCAAAGAACCAAAUGAUAAUGAACUGAGAGUACUCCGAGGAGAGUUAGGGAGACAGCAUGAUGAGAAUAAGAAGCUGAGAAGCUUGUUGGAUCAGAUUACCAAGAGUUACAAGGACCUGCAAGCUCAACUUCUCGUGGCAAUGCAAAAACAGACACAGGGAUGUCGGGUUGAGCAGAAAGGGGAGAUAAAUGACACACCAACUCCAGUAAUGUCAGCUCAACUCUUAAUGGACCCACGGCCAUUUUCAACAUUAGAUGCCAAUAUUGAACCUUCUGUAUCCUACGACAAGACGCAUGAAAUGCUGGUCUCUCCAACAAAUACAAUGGAAACAAAGUCUCAGAUAUCAGGGAAACGAGCUUCAAUUGGUGAUAGUAAUAUUGAUCAAACAUCCCAGAGUUUGGGCUCUCCAAAAAGUCCAAGAUUAGAAGAAGAAAAGCCUAACGAGCAAGUCCCUGAGGUCCCUUUCAGGAAGGCUAGAGUGUCCGUUCGAGCAAGAUCGGAGGCUCCUUUGAUAAGCGAUGGAUGCCAGUGGAGGAAGUAUGGUCAAAAGAUGGCCAAAGGUAACCCUUGUCCCCGUGCCUACUAUCGGUGCUCCAUGACUGUAGGAUGCCCAGUUCGCAAGCAGGUGCAAAGAUGUGCAGACGACAAGACCGUUCUCAUUACCACAUAUGAAGGAAAUCACAACCACCCUCUUCCCCCAGCUGCUACGGUUAUGGCUAAUACUACCUCAGCUGCAGCAACAAUGCUCUUAUCAGGUUCAACCUCUAGCAGAGAAGGCCUAUCCUCAAGUAGUGGCUUCUACCCUUCUUUGCCCUAUGCAUCAACAAUGGCUACCAUAUCUGCUUCUGCACCAUUUCCCACUAUAACCCUGGACUUGACACAUGGCCCAAACACUACAAUGCCAUUCCCCUGCACUUCUCCUUCUCCAGUCACAUUCCCUUUUCCUUUGCAUGGCUGCCCACAACUCCCAGGGAACCCAAUGUAUGUCGCUCCUAAGUUACCUGCAAUUCCAUCAGUGCAAUUAGGGCAGCGGCAAGGUUCAAUGGUUGAGACAGUUACUGCGGCCAUUGCUUCUGACCCAAAUUUCACUGCAGCCUUAGCAGCAGCUAUCUCCACAUGUAUGGGUACACCAAGGAGCAGAGAUGGGUCUAACAACCUUAGUACACCUAGUGUAAUACCUGGAUUGCCCGGAUCUCCAGUACAGAUUCCUCAAUCUUGCACCACUUUUUCCACCAACUAGGGCUGCUACCGUCUGGGGCUCUGGUCUUCAAUAAGGUGCCUAGUCUGUUAUUUCAUUUUUUUCGCGAAAGCUAAUUAUAAUUUAUUGUUGGCUUUUGAGAGAGUUUGAAGAAACAGCGCUGAAGAUGUUAAAAAGGAAGCUUGAAAUCAUGGGCUGUCCAAGGAUGAUGUUUUCCAGCAAUCUUGGAUGUGCAUUUAGCUUCUAGCUAUGGCUAAGGUAUCGCUGAUUCAGCUUGUUUGGAGUGUUAUUAUUACUCUUAUGUAACUACAAUUUGGGCUCAGAGAUAAAUUUUGACAUAUAUACA